AUGGCCCUCUGGCCCUUUCGCCGGAGGAGCGGUCGCAAACGCUCGCGAAGCGGCGCAAACCUGUCCGACGUCGAGGCGCCGCCGCUGCGAGGUCUCACCACCAACGAUGCCUCCCAUGGCCAUGGCAUGGCGGCAACGCCGAAGAAGCAGCGUCUCGACGAGCAGCACCCUCACCCCUCCAAGAAGCUAACCCGACGGACCCGUACUUACAGCUUCUCCCCCGGUCGCAACGACUCCAUCCGCGUCGCGGGGCAAAAAGGCUCGGGUCCACCGGUACCUGGCCGGCUGACAGGGCUCUUCCCAGCCGACCGAAAUGACGGAGAAGAAAAAGGGGAUCCCGCGUGGCACCGGGCGCCAACCCUACAUAAUGCACGCAACGGCCAGAAGAAGGGCUCGUCCUCCCGCAUCAACAUGAAGUCCAGCAAGAGGAGGAGAGAAGAGUCGGAUCGUGAGGCGGAAAUCAAGGCCAUGACCAACUUCGCGCCGGUACGGCCAGCGGCCGACGACUGGACAUCCGGUCGGCCGAUGAGGAAACAGAGCAAGAGGGUCAAAACGGGCCUCGGCUUCCGCAGGAGCUUUGAAAAUCCGGCCUCGGACGUUUCACUACCGAUAUCGAUUCACUCGAGCAUGUCAUCCGACUCCGAGAUGCACUCAUUCCGGGUGUCCGCCCUCGAGGCAUUGGCACCCCGACCGACAUUACGAUACACCGUCUCUCCGAGAUGGGGUCCUGGCCAGAGCAGUUCAGGACAAUCACGCCCACAUCACCAAAAAAGGAAAGUUUCAGAGAGGGUGCCCGAGUCAGUGGUGAGGGCACACAAGAGAGUAAACAGUUUCGCCGAUGACCUCGACGCCGCCGACUUGCGAGAGUUGAUGGAGAGGGACAACCGGAGGAGAGAGAGGAAACGACAACGGGACCAGGAACGAGUCGAGAGAAGGUUGGCACGACGGGCAGAGAAACAACGCGAGGCCGAAGCAGAAGCCAGGAAUAGCGGCUCGCCGCCGCCGCCGAACAUGGAGAGAGGAGUGUUGGGACGAGAAAUCGUCGGCUUGGGGAUCGAGGCCACGCCCGCCGUGAUGACCUCGGCCAACUUGAAGCGACGAGCAUCCGGCUCGUCGUAUCGACCCGCUAGAUCAUCAAGAGAAGAGGCAGCACCACUACCGGAACCAAUGGAUAUCGACCCCGACAUUCACCGCACAUCCAGCAUUCAGCCCGACAUGCCCCUCUCACCGCCUUCGCCGGACACAAAACCCGAACGCAAGCCCAGCACGAAGACGACGCCCAAGGGGAGCCUGAGAUUGAGACGGAGUCUUCUCCGCUCGAAGAAGUCGAGGUCGAAGUCGCCCAACGCGCCGGAUGAGGAGCACGCCAUCUCACAACUGUCGUCGAGACACGACGAGACCCCCCGCAAGACAUCCGAGUCCACCUUGCGUGCUCGUCUGUCGUUUUCAGCCCUUUUCCGCUGGGGUAACAGAAAGAGAAGAAAUUCCGGACCCUCGUCGUUCUCGAAUACGUCGCGCGAGGAGAUGCAAGCCGCGGCGGCAGCUCAGGCCCAGACCCAAGCCCAGACCCAGAUGCAGGCGCCACCACCACCACCACCACCACCGGCAGAGGAAGCACAAGCGCCGGUGCAAGCGAUCCCACCACCGAUGAAUUACAUUCCUCGCAAGGUCAGCUCCGGCGUUCCCAAGCGCACUCGCUCGCGCUUUAGAGAAGACCUGCCGGAGCUUCCCCUUAGCCCUCCCGACUCGCGCGUGGGGUCGCCAGAAGUGGAAGAGCCUCCCCUGCCCAUUGUCUCAGAGGUCCGGACUACAGAAAACAUUCUUGACGACGCCGAUUCCCCCGCCGUCGUGAGGCACGACACUCCCACCUCAGAUAUGCGCCGUGUUGACGAGAAGAUGGAGAAGCUCGAGAAGAUGAGACAAACCCCGACGUCGCUGCGACACAGCAUCCAGCCUUCGCCUGAGCAGCCCCAGUCUGUCUCCCUGGCUUCGAUCGACUCCGAGGCUUCAUGGCUCUCCGGCCGCAUCGGCAAACGCAGAUCGUCCGGCAUGCGAUCCAGCAUGCAGCGUUUCCAGCCCCGCAACCGCAGCCACUCGCCUUCGGUCAACGACACGGAGGAGGAGCUUGCCGACGAUGAGUACCUCUCCAACCUCGCCACGCCAUCCCGCGAAAUGCUUGCCGGUGAUCGCACGCCCCGCAAGUCGACCGGCGAUGCCUUUCCCAGCAGCGAUGAGGAGGAGUUGAUGGACGAGGCGGACAUGAAGUGGGGUUCGGUUGAGAAGCAGCGUGCAACGCCGGUCGUGCAGCAUCAGAGAAUCAAGAGCCGCGAGGGCUUGCUCAACGCAUUUGAGGACGGCAGCAACACGUCGCCCGACAAUUCCGAAGGCGAGACGCCCCAGCUUCAACGUGCCACGAGCGUGAGCCUCAGCAGAGGUCACGCCAGGCAUGUGAGCUCGAGCAGCACCAAGAUGCUCGAGGUCUCGCCGCGCGCGAGUGUUGACCAGAGGAGGACCAGCGAUGCCAUUUACUAG